AUGCAAUCCCCCACACCGAUGGAGCCAGUUGACAGACAGGGACCCCGUCCUACUUUGCCGAGUUUCCGCCUGGAGCGUACUGCGAUUCCUCCCAUGCGAACGCACUCAGGCGAUGAUUAUGUCCAGGAGCCACCGCGGCCUGUGGCAAUGCAGCACAACGACUCCAUGAUGGACGCAGGAGCGGGUGUUUACCGCCAGGAUGGUUACCCUUAUCAGUAUUCUCAUCCGUCUCGAGUACAAUCUCUUUCGGCUGGCGCGAUUCAUUCCUAUGGACGGAGUCCCUUUUCAGCUGAGGGCUACGGCCAGCACUAUCCAGAAUAUAUGCGCAUCGGUGAGCUAGGUGGCAUGGGCAUGGGUGGGGACAGCAAGCAACGCAAGCGAAGGGGCAAUCUUCCCAAAGAGACGACGGAUAAGCUCAGAGCUUGGUUUGUUGCUCAUCUACAUCAUCCCUAUCCGACGGAGGACGAGAAACAGGACCUGAUGCGGCAAACGGGCUUGCAAAUGAAUCAAAUCUCUAACUGGUUCAUCAACGCGCGGCGCAGGCAGCUGCCGACAAUGAUCAACAAUGCCCGAGCCGAAAGCGACGCCAUGUCCGGCCGAGGUACCGAUGGCAAGCCUAUCCCUUCAACAGAGAGGCUAGACUACGAUCUUGAGGGCAAGGGGGCUACUCCCCUGAGUGACGGUGGCGAUAGCGCUUUUGACGAGGAUCUCGAGCGCCGACGAAGCUCCAUGAAGCGUGGCAGUGUCUGA